AUGACUAUGCCUAAAGCUAUAUCGGACGCUCAAUCACUUCAAACUACUCAUUACACCGACGCAGAGUCCAACUUUUCGAAUAAUUCACGAAACAUACAAGACAGGGAUGAUUCAAGUAGUGGGACUAAUUCGGCAGAUCGAACGCAGGAAGUUAGCACCAUCAACUCACAGCCCACAGUUACCGAUGCCCCCAUCUAUUCUCCUUCCAAUAAAACAGCAGACCGUUCAAAAACGGAUAACAUGAGUGACACCUCCUCUUCCUCUAGUGACGAACCACAGAGAACCAGAUCCCAAAUUAUUAGGGACUAUAGAUAUCAGCAACGUCAAGGAUUCAAGGGCUACAACGAACAAAACAUCGCAGAGAACAGUAAAAGCUGUUUGGUCCAAUAUAUCCCAUGCUUAGGCAAUCUCUCCUGUGAAUGUAUUGGAUCCCUCUGUGUCAACAGCUUCUGUAACUUUGGUCAAGUUGUAAAGAGUGCUACCACAAUAAGAUAA